CUCAAAGAACCUCAUUUCUGCUCCGUGCGCGCACUGCGAGCUGAGCCCGCUCCGCGCCGCGUGCAGGGAGGGGGCCACAACAUCUGGCACACAUCACAGCAGUCACAGAGCCGAGCCCGAUCCUGGGGAGACCAGAGCCGCAGAAUCCAUGUUGGGUCUGAAGCCGUGCAGAGGGAGGAGGACCUCGCGCCAGGCCCUCUGAAGGACUCCUGGUCCACGCACCAUGCAGCAUCCUUUGGACGUGGGGGGGCACUACCUCCCUCCGGACCUCCAGCCGGACCACAGGACGCAUCGGUACCGGAGCUUCAUGAUCGAAGAGAUCCUGACUGACCCCCCCGAACACAAGGCGGCCGCGCCCGCAGGAGACCUGCUCAAGUUCGGAGUCCAGGCUCUGCUGGGCCGACCCUUCCACAGCCAGCUGGUGGUCAAGGCGGAGCAGGCGGGCCUGUUGAAGUUCCCUCUGACCCCCCUGUCCUGUGCGCUGGCCUCACCGCUCCUGUCUGCCGCUCCGGCGCUGCAGGUCGGGCCCGCGGGCCGCCACUUGCCUCUGGAGCUGCAGCUGCGUGGGAAACUGGAGGCCGGAGCAGACGGAGGCGCACGGGCCAAGAAAGGCCGCCGGAGCCGGACCGUGUUCACCGAGCUGCAGCUCAUGGGCCUGGAGAAACGCUUCGAGAAGCAGAAGUACCUGUCCACCCCCGACAGAGCCUCCGACACCAUGAGCAGGGAGGCUGAGGAUGGAGCUCAGCUGUCCACAUUCAGCAAGUCUGCAGGUCCAGAAGGGCUGAGCCCCAAACUCCUGAAAGUUGGUGCAGCUCAGCCGUGUGAUGUUUUUCAGCACAUUUCCCCUGAGAGUGGUCCCUGCUCUGUGGAAAACACCAGGGGCCCGAACACUGGCUCCAGACCUGUGGCCCUGACAUCACACGUGGAACCGUACCUGGACCCCCUGCAGUUUGCAUACCAGCCACGCAUCGGGAGUUGA